GCCCCCCGCCUAGCGUCCUUCCCCCAAUCCCCUCAGGCUCGGCUGCGCCGGGGGCCGCGGGCCGGUUCCUGAGGUGGCCCAGGAGCCCUCCCGCCGCCGGCGCCGCCCCGGCCGUCCCUCCCCGCCGCCCCCCGCCCUCCGCCUCCGCCUCCCCCCGCCCCCCCCCGCCCUCCGCCUCCCUUCCCCCUCCCCGCCCAGCAGCGGUCGCUCCGGCCCCGGCUCUCGGUUAUAAGAUGGCGGCGCUGAGCGGCGGCGGCGGCGGCGGCGCGGAGCAGGGCCAGGCUCUGUUCAACGGGGAUAUGGAGCCCGAGGCCGGCGCCGGCGCCGCGGCCUCUUCGGCUGCGGACCCUGCCAUUCCCGAGGAGGUGUGGAAUAUCAAACAAAUGAUUAAGUUGACGCAGGAACAUAUAGAAGCCCUAUUGGACAAAUUUGGUGGGGAGCAUAAUCCACCAUCAAUAUAUCUGGAGGCCUAUGAAGAAUACACCAGCAAGCUAGAUGCCCUCCAACAGCGAGAACAACAGUUAUUGGAAUCCCUGGGGAAUGGAACUGAUUUUUCUGUUUCUAGCUCUGCAUCAACAGACACCGUUACAUCUUCUUCUUCCUCUAGCCUUUCAGUGCUACCUUCAUCUCUUUCAGUUUUUCAAAAUCCCACAGAUGUAUCACGGAGCAAUCCAAAGUCACCACAAAAACCUAUUGUUAGAGUCUUCCUGCCCAAUAAACAGAGGACAGUGGUACCUGCAAGAUGUGGAGUUACAGUCCGAGACAGUCUAAAGAAAGCUCUGAUGAUGAGAGGUCUAAUCCCAGAGUGCUGUGCUGUUUACAGAAUUCAGGAUGGAGAGAAGAAACCGAUUGGCUGGGACACUGAUAUUUCCUGGCUCACUGGAGAGGAACUACAUGUAGAAGUGUUGGAAAAUGUCCCGCUUACCACACACAACUUUGUACGGAAAACUUUUUUCACCUUAGCAUUUUGUGACUUUUGUCGAAAGCUGCUUUUCCAGGGUUUUCGCUGUCAAACAUGUGGUUAUAAAUUUCACCAGCGUUGUAGUACAGAGGUUCCACUGAUGUGUGUUAAUUAUGACCAACUUGAUUUGCUGUUUGUCUCCAAGUUCUUUGAACACCACCCAAUACCACAGGAGGAGGCCUCCAUAGCAGAGACUGCCCUUACGUCUGGAUCGUCCCCUUCUGCUCCCCCCUCCGAUUCUACUGGGCCCCAAAUCCUCACCAGUCCGUCUCCUUCAAAAUCCAUUCCAAUUCCACAGCCUUUCCGACCAGCAGAUGAAGAUCAUCGAAAUCAAUUUGGGCAACGAGACCGGUCCUCAUCAGCUCCAAAUGUGCAUAUAAACACAAUAGAACCUGUCAAUAUUGAUGACUUGAUUAGAGACCAAGGGUUUCGUAAUGACGGAGCCCCUUUGAACGAGCUGAUGCGCUGUCUUCGGAAAUGCCAAUCCCGGACUCCCAGCCCCCUCCUACAUUCUGUCCCCAGUGAAAUAGUGUUUGAUUUUGAGCCUGGCCCAGUGUUCAGAGGAUCAACCACAGGUUUGUCUGCCACCCCCCCUGCCUCAUUGCCUGGCUCACUCACUAAUGUGAAAGCAUUACAGAAAUCUCCAGGACCUCAGCGGGAAAGGAAAUCAUCUUCAUCCUCAGAAGAUAGGAAUCGAAUGAAAACACUUGGUAGACGGGAUUCAAGUGAUGAUUGGGAGAUUCCUGAUGGGCAGAUCACAGUGGGACAGAGAAUUGGAUCCGGGUCAUUUGGGACAGUCUACAAGGGAAAGUGGCAUGGUGAUGUGGCAGUGAAAAUGUUGAAUGUGACAGCACCCACACCUCAGCAGUUACAGGCCUUCAAAAAUGAAGUAGGAGUACUCAGGAAAACUCGACAUGUGAAUAUCCUACUUUUCAUGGGCUAUUCAACAAAGCCCCAACUAGCUAUUGUUACCCAGUGGUGUGAGGGCUCCAGCUUAUAUCACCAUCUCCACAUCAUCGAGACCAAAUUUGAGAUGAUCAAGCUUAUAGAUAUUGCACGGCAGACUGCACAGGGCAUGGAUUACUUACACGCCAAGUCAAUCAUCCACAGAGACCUCAAGAGUAAUAAUAUUUUUCUUCAUGAAGACCUCACAGUAAAAAUAGGUGAUUUUGGUCUAGCCACAGUGAAAUCUCGAUGGAGUGGGUCCCAUCAGUUUGAACAGUUGUCUGGAUCCAUUUUGUGGAUGGCACCAGAAGUGAUCCGAAUGCAAGAUAAAAACCCAUAUAGCUUUCAGUCAGAUGUCUAUGCAUUUGGGAUUGUUCUAUAUGAAUUGAUGACCGGACAGUUACCUUAUUCAAACAUCAACAACAGGGACCAGAUAAUUUUUAUGGUUGGACGAGGAUAUCUUUCUCCAGAUCUCAGUAAGGUACGGAGUAACUGUCCAAAAGCCAUGAAGAGAUUGAUGGCAGAGUGCCUAAAAAAGAAAAGAGAUGAGAGGCCACUCUUUCCCCAAACUGGCAAUAUCCAGCAUUGGGAACAGUGUUGGGAAGAAAGGUCCAGAAGAAAGUAUAGACUCUUAAACAGUGGUUACCCCUGGAAGAUUCUCGCCUCUAUUGAGCUGCUGGCCCGCUCAUUGCCAAAAAUUCACCGCAGUGCAUCAGAACCCUCCUUGAAUCGGGCUGGCUUCCAAACAGAGGAUUUUAGUCUAUAUGCUUGUGCUUCUCCAAAAACACCCAUCCAGGCAGGGGGAUAUGGAGAAUUUGCAGCCUUCAAGUAGCCACACCGUCAUGGCGACAUCUCCUCUCAUUUCUUAAGUCUUGUGUUCGUACAAUUUGUUAACAUCAAAACACAGUUCUGUUCCUCAAAUCUUUUUUUAAAGAUACAGAAUUUUCAAUGCAUAAGCUGGUGUGGAACAGAAUGGAAUUUCCCAUCCACCAAAAGAGGGAAGAAUGUUUUAGGAACCAGAAUUCUCUGCUGCCAGUGUUUCUUCUUCAACACAAAUACCACGUGCAUACAAGUCUGCCCACUCCCAGGAAGGAAGAGGAGAGAGCCUGAGUUCUGACCUUUUGAUGGUCAGGCAUGAUGGAAAGAAACUGCUGCUACAGCUUGGGAGAUUGGCUGUGGAGAGCCUGCCAGUCAGCUCUGCCCUUCUAACCGCCAGAUCAGUGUGUGGCUGGUCACCUGACGGGGCAGCUGUAAUCGCCAAGCAUCGUUCUCUUUCCUGUUCUGGGAUUUUAUCGUGGAGCUCUUUUCCCUAGUCACCACCGGUUCAUUUCUGAGGGAUGGAACAAAUAUGCAGCAUGGCCUUUCUGUGUGGUGCAUGUCCAGUCUUUGACCAAUUUCUAUCAAGUGAAGCUCUUUUAUUUAAAUGGAGAAUGAGAGGCAAGGAGGAGAUACGAUUUGGUGUAGAGGAAAAGGGAAUGCUGCAUCUUUUUCCUGACCUACUGGGUUUCUGGUCUUUGUUUCCUUGCUCACGGAGGGUGUCUGCCUAACCAAGCAGGCUGGAAAGUGCUGGCACACAUUGCCUUCCUUUCUCACUGGGUCCAGCAAUGAAGACAAGUGUUGGGGAUUUUUUUUUUUCCUCCACAAUGUAGCAAGUUCUCAGGAAAAUACAGUUGAUAUCUUCCUCCUAAGCUCUUCCAGUCAUCAAGUACUUACGUGGCUACUUUGUCCAGGGCACAAAAUGCCAUGGCAGUAUCUGAUUCAGAGCCUACAAAACUGCUUGAUAACAGUUUUGAAUGUGUGAGACAUUUAUGUAAUUUAAAUGUAAGGUACAAGUCUUAAUUUCUGAGUUUUCUUCUAUUAUAUUUUUAUUAAAAAGAAAAUAAUUUUCAGAUUUAAUUGAAUUGGAAUAAAAGAAUACUUCCCACCAGAAUUAUAUAUCCUGGAAAAUUGUAUUUUUGUUAUAUAAACAACUUUUAAAGAAGGAUCAUUAUCCUUUUCUCUACCUAAAUAUGGGGAGUCUUAGCAUAAUGACAGAUAUUUAUAAUUUUUAAAUGAAUGGUACUUGCUGGAUCCACACUAACAUCUUUGCUAAUAUCCCGUGUUUUCCUCCAACUUCUCUACACUCCGUCCUCCGUCCUCUUUCCAGUCUCUUAUCUAGAACGUGCAACCUGAAAUAAAAAUGGUGGUGUCUCCAUGCAUUCUCCUUCUUCCUUUUUUCCCAAGCCUGGUCUUCAAAAGGUUGGGUAAUUUGGCAGCUGAGUUCCCCAGGUAGAGAAUAGAGAAGUUUUAGGUGUAUUGGGACCGAGGGAAGGUGCGUGAAGCCUAACAUCAGUUGUUUCUAUAGAAAGAGUUGCUGUGGUAUUAGAAACGUCAUUCUUUAUCUUUGCCUAAGUGGAAGAUAGAACCCAGUCGUAGCUUCCUUUGGCCUUGACUAAAGGGUGGCAUAAAUUGCAGUAGCGACAAAGUGACUCUGACUCUGGACGUAUUAAUGACAAAUACCUCCCUUAUCAUGAGGCUUAGCAUCUCUUGCCAGGAUUUAGGAAUGUAAAUCAAAUCAAAUGUACUUAGCCCAACCAAGCUAUGUAGCCAAGAUCGUAAAGAAAUUAGGGCCCAUAAAAUAAAUCAGGGAAUUCGAAGCUGUUAUUUAAAGAUUUCAGAUUGUAAUUGAUCCCACCGUCUGUCAGCCUCUUACGCUCACUGCCAUUACAUGCUUUUUGCUAAAAUACCUGUAUUCAGAGGAAGGCCUACUGAAAAUUCCAAAGCCCUGGGAGAGGUUGUCCUCGUAAAAUGGAAAAUACCCUGAAGUUAAUGAGUUUGAAAACCAGUGUGUUCGGAAGUCCCGUGAGAGCAGAGCAGCGUCUUACAAAAUUCAGAAAUUGUGAAGAUUCGUACUGAUUGAAGAGCAUCUUGUGUGCUUAAUGCUGCUUCUCUUUUAAAAGCAUCAUUUUUCUUUUUAAAUACGUGCCCAGACAUGCUUUUCAACUGGCUUUUGUGUUCCCCUUGCCGAGAUUGGAGAGAGCUCGGUUUGAGCAGGAGGCGGAUCCUGCAGAGUAGCUGGCGGGGGCCGCCCGGGGCGGGGUGGAGGGGGCAGGAGACCGCACGGGUGCCAGUGAGGAGGAGGCGUAGUGCCAGAAGGGCCACACACUGUCCACUUCCAGCCUCUUUAGAAUAGGUUGCUGUCUCACUUGAAAAGGGGGAGCAGACUUGGUCUCAAAUGAAGCUGUGCCCAGUCAGAAGCCAGGCUCAGGGUCUUCUUGGGAGAUUUUUAUAGAGCCCUUAAAAAAUAAAAAUAAAAUUCUUGUAUUUCUCAUCCCUUUUUUCCAUUAAAUAGUUUUUUCUCUAGUUUACAAUGACAUGAUCAAGGGGUUUCCUCUUACUUUUUGAUGCUUAGACUACAGAUAGACUUGAGCUCCUAGAAGGUACAAGGAAGAACUCCUUGUUUGUGCAAAGCACUUUAUGAAUUAUUUGUACAGAUAGUGUGCGGCUGCUUCGCGGAUGAUCCUGUAAGGUUGGAGUUCCCUGUCUUUUCCUUAAAGUGGCUGCAGUGCCUUCUAUAGUGUAUUUUCUUUUGGGUAAGAAGAGGUAAAGCCUUCUGAAAAAUUUGAGAGCAGACAUAAAAGAUUGUCUCAAAAUACGUAGUAUUCCCAGUGGGCUUUUUUGUCAUCAAACUAGAGUUUACGGUCUAGUACUUUUGCCACUGAAAUAACAUGGACCAAAAAGUAGUUUAUAAAAGAGAUUGUGAAUAGAAAAUCCAGUGUGCUCAUUUGUACUUCGGUGCACCUUAAAAGAAGAUUCUGACUAGCUGUCAAUUCUGGUUUCUGAUCAUCCAGUCCCCGCUUGCACUUAACAAUCUUGUAGGAUAUACUGGGGCAGCCUAAAAGAUAAAAUGCCAUAUAACAUACGUGUUAUAUGUUAUACAUAUGUUGGUAUUGGGAGAGGAAGAGCAUUACAGUUAUAAAGAGGCAAUCAGGACUUGAGCACUGUCCACCGGAAACUCUGUAAAUACUUCCCAGAUUCUCCUCCGGUGCGGUCCUAGCUCUCUCGGCACCCGGUGUUCUCUUUCGGUCAUCAGCCGGUGCUGGAGCUGCUGCCCCCGCUCCCAGGACCUCACCCACCCCUCCUGUGCGCUCGCUCCCCAGCCUUGUGCCAACCCCAUCUGGCUUUAGUUGGAAGCACAUUGCAGGGUUCAGGUGACCUCUUCAAAAUACUACCUCCUCAGAAUGAGGUAAUGAAUAGUUAAUUAUUUUAAAAUAUGAAAAGUCAGGAGCACUAGAACAUGAAGAGGAUUUAAGAUGUUAACUUUGAUGUGUACUUGUACUUGAGCCCUCUUAUUUUGUCUUAAAGGGCAUCAUGCAUUUCAGCAGUAGUGCCGAAGUAGGUAGCUCUGAGUUUCUGAAUGUUGUUGCAAGUGGUGCCAGCAUCUGGUUUGGGGUACGUUUCAGAAUCUUCACCUUAAGUCAGCUGCAUGAAAUUAAGUAGUUACGGUAACAGUUCACUAACAGUGAUAGAAUUUUAGUCUUCAGUAGGCUUGGCAGGACCAUCUUCCUGAUGAGUUAGUUGUAGCUCCAUCACGUGCACAGACACUCCCAUCGAGAGCCUGCCCAGCUAAGAGGGUAGGAUGAUGGCACGUGAUUCUCUUUUUUUUGUCCAAGUUGGCAUUGUUAGCGCUAGAAAAUCAGCACCUUGGGACUAGCGAAUUACAACCAUUAGGCUAUUUAAAAAAAAAAAAAAAAAAAGUAACCUGACAUGGAAAGUUUACUGUGAGCGUAAACAGCAAAUCGCUUACAGGUCAGACAUUGACAUGUAUAGGCGAGGCUCUAGAAGAAUACCUUGACAAUUUGCCAAAUGAUCUUUACUGUGCCUUCAACAUGCAAUAAAAAAAUAAAAAAAAAAAAGCUUAAAUUUUAGCAGAAAUCAGUGAUUUGCAAAGAGAGCAGCCACUCUGGUCAACUCAGCUGUGUUAAUAUUUUUUAGAGUGCAAUUUAGACUGCAGAGACAAAUGCACUAAAGGGUUUAUAGCCAAAAUUACAUUUAAAAAAAAUGAGAAAACACACAAGUAAAUUUUCAGUGAACAAAAUUAUUUUUUUAAAGCACACAAUCCCUAGUAGAGUCAGAUAUAUUUAUCACAUAGAGCAACUAGGUUGAAAAUUACAGUUCAGUGACAUUUCUAGAGAAACUUUUUCUACUCCAAUAGGUUCUUCAAAGCAUGGAAUUUUUAUAUAAUAGAAAUGUUUGACAGACAUUUUAAAGAAUUGCUGUAGUUUGGGGGGUCAGAAGUACUAUAUGCUGGGCAGCAAAUACUUCUUAAAGAGUGAAAAGGAAGAAACUAAUGUAGAGGACAGAAUUGGAUUUUAUCAAGAGUACUACUGCGAAACUCAACAGUGAUUUUUCAGAGUCUAAAAUGUAAACUUGCCUCCCAGGACGUGUUUACAAAAUAAGUGGGGCUGUCCUGCUAAUGCUGGUUCAGGGUGCUCUGGAGACCAGAUGUGGUCUCUGGGGCCCCCUUGGGGGUGGGGCAUUGGAAUGUUAAUGACAUGGCUGGUGGGUGUGACCUGAACACACUCCAUGGUGUGCUUUUUGUAUCUCGUUGGCAUUUCUUGCCACCCCAGGGAAGGGCAGGGUACUGUCUUCAGCAAGUUCUCUACAUGUUUUUCUGCGUUGUAUUGCUGACGCCCAUAGGUUGGUGCACACCCUAGGAGGACAGCGGCAUCUCUGCCUGAUUCAUAUAUUGGCCAGAGGAGAAUGAAGGGGCCAGUGUAUUGCUAGCUCUGGUAGAAUUGAAAACACUGGUAAGAUUUUUGUUUUAUCAGCACACUGGAGAGUAAGCUCUUUGUUGUUUUCAGAUAGCUUAUUUUCACUUCUGUUCAGGCAAAGACAAUGAAGUUGAAAUUUAGUCCUAAAUUUUGCCAGUGGUGGAAAGGGUAAUUAAUGGUUUCUAUCAGGAUUUUUAAGGUAAAGGAGGACAGAAUCGUUAAGUCUUAAAAUUUUAAAAUCUUAAGAUUUUAUCUUAAGAUCUUAAAUCUUAGAAAGUAAGGUUAACAGUGCUUUAACGUGCAUACGGAUGGUUCGUCCUCACCUCAAAAUGAUUAUGUAGAUCUUUUAUUUCAACAUACACAACUCAAGCUGUUAAUUUUUAGUCCUUUUUUAAUUUAAUUUUUUUUACCCUUUGACUCCCUUUACCCAACUGUUAGUUUUAUUAAUUACUAAAUUAGUUUUAUUAAAAUGUUUAAUUUUAUUAAAAUAUAUAAUUUUAUUUAACAAAAUUCUGUUUUGACUAAUUACAGUGAUAUAACCAGUUGUGUGUGAGGACACAGCCAGUGUAUCUUUGUGUGUGUGUGUGUGUGUGUGUGUGUGUGUGUUUGAGUUUGAGGAGUUUGUUUUUUAAGAAUUCUGUAGAUUGAUGUACUCUUGGCAAACAACUACAAUCUGUUUAUUUGUGUUAGUAUCAAAAACAAGACUUGUGCGAACCAUCUGCUGGUCUCAGGCAGGCUGAGCUCCCUGUCCCGCACUCCUGAUCAGCUAGCUGUCCUCACGGUGUGUAGGGAACUGGGAAGGAGGUUGGCUAAAGAGAUGCAGCAGGGAAGGGCUCCGUUUACAGGGGUGGGGAUGGGGGAUUGUCAAGUUGCUUAGUACCAGUUUUGUGUUGAAAAGUAUUCUGUGUUGCAUUUGUGUGUUAAGCCUUUUUUUAACCCACAUGUAUCUUGGUGGAAGAAACUUCAGACUAGCGUAAGCAACAAAGCUCACAGAGUAGGCACAAAUGUAGAGAAAGUGGACCAAAAUGGGAGGUGGGAGGGUGUGGGCGGAAGUCUGGGGCUAGGGGGAAAUUGAUGUGACAGUGGGAAAUAAACUAUAAUUAUCUGAAAUAAAAUGUAGGAGUGCAAUAAGUGUGCUUUUUAUUCUAAGCUGUGAACAGUUAAAAAAAAAAAAUUCCUUCCUAAUACAUUUGUAUAUGUUCCAUAGCUGAUUAAAACCAGCUAUGUAAACAUAUAAUGCCUUUUUAUCAUGUUAAUUACCGACAUAAGUGGCUAACCUUUAUGUCUUAUUUAUCUUCAUGUUGUAUUAGUUUACAUAUGGAGUGCGCAUGUGUGGGUGUCUGUGUGUGUGUGUGUGUGUGUGUGUGCUCUCCCCUUUCCCUCUUUCAUUUGGAAACGCGUUCAUUGGCUCCUCUGCUCUUCCUUUGGCCAUGCCCCAGGUUAUGGUCUUGAUUUGGCCUUCGUGAUAUUGCCGGAUUUAAAGGACUCUUAUCACAGUGGUAUGUUUUUGUGGUGAUCUCAUUUGUUGAUUGUACCCUCUGACCCUUUCCUCCCUCAGCAGUGGCCUUCUUAGGAGCACACAGCUGAUCGGGGAUUGAAAUUUGACCGUUCCUCAACCUGUGUCCCUUUGAAUCCUGGUUCAGUAUUUAGGAUUGCUCUUUGGUUUAAACCAAGAAAAAGGAAAACACCCCCCUCUUCAUUUACUUCUUGGUUUGAGGACAACUCUUGAAAGGGAAAUCCUUUGUGUUUUAACCGCAGUGAAUUAAUGGCUCCUGGUUUCCCACUCCAAACCUAACGGCGAUUCGCAUACACAUUCCUCUCUCUCUUGCUGCCAAAGGUUUGGGUUUAGUCCACUUCAGUUCCACUCAAGCAUUGAAAAGGUUCUCAUGGAGUCUGGGGUGUGCCCAGUGAAAAAAAAAAUGGGGACUUUUAAAUUGUCCAGAGACCUCUUUAUACCUGCUUUGCAAAAAUUACAAUGGAGUAACUAUUUUUAAAGCUUAUUUUUCAAUUCAUAAAAAAAGACAUUUAUUUUCAGUCAAAUGGAUGAUGUCUCCCUGUUGUCCCUUAAUCCUCAAUGUUUGCUUGAAUCUUUUUUUUUUUUUUUAAUUCCCCAUACCCACUUCUUGAUACUUUGGUUCUUUCCUGCUCAGGUCCCUUCAUUUGUACUUUGGAGUUUUUCUCAUGUAAAUUUGUACAAUGGAAAAUAUUGUUCAGUUUGGAUAGAAAGCAUGGAGAAUUUAAAAAAAAACCUGAAAUUCAGAUUGAAGAGAUUUAUUUCUGUGUAAAGUUAUUUAAAAACUCUGUAUUAUAUAAAAGGCAAAAAGUUCUAUGUACUUGAUGUGAAUAUGCGAAUACUGCUAUAAUAAAGAUUGACUGCAUGGA